CUUCUCACUGCUUCUGGACCAGGAGUACAUAUUUAUAAGACGACUGUUCCAAUCGCCAGUUCACUCACCAUACACAUACAUAUUUCGCAUACUCAAGUGUUACCAGUUACCAAUAUUUCCUUCUGAAAUUAUGAAUUUCUUGUUUUUCAUUUUCAAAUACUUUGUACUCACGGGUGCCCUACUUGCUAUGAAACCUUCCUAUUCAGAAGCUUUAACUGGUGGGGUUGCUCGUCAAGAUAUUCAAUAUCAGCAUACAACUCAACUCAACAAAAUCACUACCAUAUUGGAGUUCUUGCAAUCGAAAAUGCCGCAAUUACAGUCAAAAUUGGAUAUAUUGUUAAGUAGAAAGGCAACAGCGCAAUUGCCACCUGCCAUUACGACACAGCGUCCAAGCACAAUUAAACCGACGGUGAUAAUCCCAGACAACAAUGCAGAAAGACUUCUAGCUGAAAGUGGUCGAAAUGGAACCUACAACGGAGAGGGGUUCGUUCACUGGAACAAUGCGACUUUUCCAGCAAAUCAGCCCAAUAACUCGACACCUACAGUGCGACCACUCCGGUCAUUUCGAGCAAACAAUAAUCAAACAUAUUCACCGAUGACGACACAAACGUCGACAACUUGAACAAUUUAAAGUUAAAUUGGGAGAAUUAUUGUUCACAGACAUUAUGAAUGUAGAAUUAAGAAGAAAAAACUUUAUUGUUUUUAAAAUUGAUGUCAUGCUUUUCAUUUCGAUUGCGAUCGUCAUCAGGACGGAAAAUAUUGCUUUACAGAUAAAGUUAAAUUUAUACAUAUUAUCAACUAAUAUUAAACUUUUAACCAAAAAAUCGACCCAUUAUGUAAUUUAUGUAUGGAUAACUUCACUCCUUAAUUAUCGGGAAUAUUUCCCAUGUAACGCAAUCAAUUAAAUUUUCCAACCUUUUUAGAACUCGAAAAAAUGACUGUUCCAAAGCGUUUCCAAAACUGCAUUUUUUUAAAUUUCAGAAUAUUGUUAAAACACUCCAGAAUUGUUAAUUGUUCAUAGAAUUUUAUGUGGGUGGUAUGACAAUUUUUGGCAUCUAUGUGGCUUUCAUAAAUAUCUCAUAAAUCUCCCAAAAUUUUGUUAACUCAUUCCAUACCAGGUGGAUUUGUACAAAAAAAGCGUGAGUAACGUAUAUUUUUUGUUAAAUGGAAUUUUAUAUAUCACAAUAGUUGAAAUGUUUUCAGGUUUAUUAUUUUAGCAAUUAGAUGAGACAUUACUGAAAUUGCUACCAGUGCCAAAGGUAUUAAAGGUCAAAAUCGUUAUCACGGAGACGCCCUACUCUCUGUAGAGACCCGGCAACAAUUUUGAAAUCUUGGUCUCUAGACCCGGCUAUAUUUGGAUCUAGACCGGCUAUAAUUAGAAUAGGGCUAUAAAUACGCUUCAGUUACUGGAUAGGUAAUUUCCAGUCUGACAAUUUGUGAAAUUGGCGUACCACAAUUCGGGAACAUGACAUCAACCACUUUCACACAGUAGGGAUCCAUAUCCGGCAAGCUGACCUGUUCCAUGGUAUACUCAAAGUGGCGAAGACUUUUCCUGUAUAUGCUGCUCAUAUUUACAAAACUGAUCCUGAAGAUCCUGGUCGUUUCCUUGGUAUACUGGUGUCCUCUUCGGAUGGAGGGUGACUUGGAAUCCCUGUCCCGACGCCCCGCUGCUCCACUGACCGCCGAGGACUUCGAGGAACCUCCAGAAUUUGAUGAAGAUGGUGUACCCAUUGACGCUUGGAUGGACAACGCAACCGUGAUUGCUCCCGUGAGAUCUCCUCCCCUGCCCACUGUUGCUGGUUCAUCCGUACCUCAUGCCGCGGCCGUGACUCCAGUUAUCAUUCCUGUUGGUGUGGACGCUCCCAUCAUUGCUGAGAUGGAUGUAGAUGGAGAUGCAUCGUCGUGGUCUUCGGAUUCCUGGUCAACAGCCUCUUGGAACGAUGUUCCAUAUGAGUGCACGCAAUGUGGCGAGUACAUUUCCUUAUCUUUCUUCGCGUUCCAGUCCACUGAGUACGACGAGAUGCGACUUCAUGAUGAAGCCUAUCAUCCUUUGACGUAUUCCUGUAUGCUUUGCAAUAGGACCAGCGCCGAUCGUGAGGAGAUCUAUGAUCAUAUCGCAUCUUAUCAUCGUGUUCGUUCUCACCAGCAAACAUACAUUUCUCCGUACUAGUUUUAGUUAGAUUUAGUUACGAUUUUGUACGGUUAUGAUUUGGUUACGCUUAAAUGGAUAGUCCACUGUUUUUGUUCAAAUUAUUGUACUUCUUGUGAUAUUACAAUGCUAAACUCUUGUAGUAAAAUUGAGAACAUAUUUAUUUAACUUA